UGUCUCCUUCAGUGACACACACACUGCAGGUCACCUAGAGCGUAGUGCAGAGGCUAGAUUGUUCGAUUAGUCUGUUGGGGAUACACACUGCAUGGACUGAACGGCUCACGGAGGGUGUGAGAGGGAUUCGAUUGAGGCACACACACACACACACACACCCUGUGGAUAGUAGCUGAGAGUGCGUGAGCUUGUGUGUUUAUGUGUCGCUGUCAGCUGAGAUGUGACCCGCUCGUGCUAUGACUGAGGGAGUCACACCAUGACGGAGGCAUGACGAGUGUAGCAGUGUGUUACGGGUCGGUGAACUCCAUCCGGUCGCUAUGGGAGACGCGCAUCAAGAAGAGCAAAGACGACCUCCAGAAACUCACACAGCCGAGAGACAAAGCUACCAUUGGGCGGCUAACAGGCUCCUGGGAAGAUCGUAUCACGCUCAAUAAGCUGCGAGAACAUGUCGUAACGGAGGACGGACGAGUCAUACUCAGGAUACAGAAGGAGGAAUGGAAGACCCUCCCCAGAGCCUUGCUCCAGCUGACAGAGGUGCAUGAGUGGCAGCUCCAUCGAACGUCCCUCACCAAGAUUCCGCAGUUCAUCGACCGCUUCAAUCAGCUGCUGAUACUGGACCUCUCACGCAACAGCAUCACAGAAGUCCCCAAAGAGAUAGGUGGGCUGUGUAAACUGCGUGAGUUGGUGUUGAGUUAUAACCGCGUGAAGGCCAUUCCUGAGCAGCUGGCCAACUGUGAAAAUCUGGAGAAACUGGAACUGGCCAUGAACUGGGACCUGAACGAAUUACCGACACAGAUGUGCAAUCUGAAGCGGCUGCAUCAUCUAGAUCUGUCCAUGAACGCGUUCACUGAGAUCCCAGAGUGUGUCCUCAACAUGCCGGCCCUGGAGUGGCUGGACAUAGGGUCCAACCUCCUGGAGCACCUGCCAGAGGACAUACACAAGAUGGAGAAGCUGCAUACUCUGUGGCUUCACAGGAAUGGGCUGGAGCGUCUUCCUGACAACAUCAGCUGCAUGGCCUCGCUAGACACGCUAGUACUCACAAGCAACAAGCUAAGGGACAUACCGUCUGUCAUGGAGGACAUGAGCAACCUACGGUUUGUGAACUUCCGAGACAACCCUCUGACGUUGGAAGUGACAUUGCCAGAGGUGGAGAGCGAGGUCCCGGAAGAAGAGGACGACCGAGAGCUGUGGGGACGCGACUUCAUGACUCUCUACAUACGAGAGUCCCGGAAGAGAGAGGCAGAGUCCCAGGCCACGUUUACGUCCGUGCUGAAUGUCAACCUGGAGGGAGCGUGUGACGUGUAG